AAGCUAAUUGAGACCUCAGAUCAACGGCUCGCCAGCUUCCAUGGCCCCAUGAGACUUUACAUCCGAAGCACGAUAUCUCUUGGCUCUCACUCAGACCUACCUCAACGGGCUUGCGCAUAGUUGCGAACAGAAAGCGAGCAUGGGAAAGGCCAGAGCCGCCACACAGAAAGAGAGAGAGAGAGAGAUGCACACCAUCCACGUCCACACCCACACACACACACACACAACUCUCAACAUCCCCCUUGCCCCUUCCUCCCCUGCGCUAGCCUCCCGGCACCGAUCGACCGGUAUCCCUGCUCUGGAUCACGGCCUGGUCGACUGUGGGGUAAGGGGAGACUCCCCUGCUUGUGACCGAUCUUCUCCUCGACGUAUUCGCAGAAUUCCAAACAUGCUACCAAGAUCCACCUCGUUGCCGCAACUCAUGUCUUGGGUCCUGGCUGACGGGAGGGAACCCCGAUCCCAGGUGGAAGCGCACACGCCCUCCCCUCGUCCUCCUCGUCCUCCUCCUUCAGGCUUCGCCCUUCUCCUCGCCUUCGCUCUCAGUCAGGACUCUGCAGUGGUUCGACCGGUUCGGCGCCAGAUCCGUCCAUCACAGGGUUGGCCCGGCUUGACAUGGACGCGCACGCCCCCUUGCUGAGCGGGACAAUCUGUGACCAGGGCAUCACAACUUGAGACUUGGCUCGCCUGGAGCCUCCAAGCAACGAGCGCACGACGUCGUCGUCCCAUUUUUUGCAACAUGUAUAAUCCUCGCUUCCUGAGCCGGCCCAGUCGUCAUCUCUUGACUUUCCUACUUUGAACAUUAACUCGGCCUUGUCCACCACCUUCUUCUUCUCCUUUUCCGACCCGGGUUACUCUUCUCUUCUUGGCCAUCCU